CCUCCUCCUCCUCUCCGUCUCUCUAGAACGCGCGCAACAACACACGUACGAGAAGGCCGACCGGCGCGCCAACCCCCACCACCAGCGGAGUAAUUGGGAGGAGGAGGGGAAGGGGAAGGAUCGUCAUCGAAGCCGCGUGCGCUUUAAUUCCCCGCCGCACGCCCUCAUCAUGGAAGGUGGCGGCGGCGGCGUUCUUGGCGCCGCCCAGGAACCGCGGGAGCAGCAGGUUCUGCAGCGCGAGGAGGGGAAGGGGGCCGCCGCCGCGGAUAGGAAGGGCCCCGGCGCCGUCCCCGUCGCCGGCAUGAAGUUCCGUGUGUCCGCGCGGGCGCCGCACGGCGUCGCGGCGCUGCUGCUCAUCGGCGGCACGGCCGUCGUCGGGGCCGCCGUCCUCGCGUGGCGCCGCUCACGCCGCGGCAACAAGGGCGCCGAGGCCGAGCGCCAGCGCGACCACCGGCAGCCAGCGAAAGGCGAGGUUUCGGAUGGCGGAGUUGUCGAGGAUGGGAAGGUUCAGGGUUGCGCAUUGGUGCAGAAGCUUGAUCAGUCCAAUGAGAACUUGAAAGCAGAAGAAAAGGAGAUCGGAUCCGGCAGAUUGGAUGGCAAGGCGACAGAGGAAAGCCAUCAGAUUCAGAAGGAUAACGAGAUCGUUGAGGAUCAAUUGGCUAGCAAACCUGAAGAGAAAAUUGAUCAGAAUUCAGGCAAGAAUCCUGUCGAGGUCAACAUGAAUGAUACGCCUUGUAGGCGCCUUCUGUUCAUUUCUUCUGAACUUGAGUUUCAGGACAAAGAACAUGUUGAAAAAAUUGACCAGAAUUCAAGCACGAACCAUGUUGAGAUCACCACAGAUGAUAUGUGUCAGGAAAAAGAACAUGUUGAAAAAAUUGAUCACGAUGAAAGAAUUGAUCAGAAUUCGAGCAGGAACCCGGUUGAGAUUGUCAUGCAGGAGGUCAACACUGUUUGCUUGAUCCCUGGAGAUGUGGAGAAGGUUGAUGAGGAUUCAAGCAAGAACAACAUCGAGAAGGAGAUAGACCAGAAAGAUAAUAAAGAUGUGAAGGCUUCUGAUCAAAGCAAACUCAGUAUCAGUGGUCCGGGAAUCAUCUUCAGUAAAAAUCAUGAUGAAAAUGAUGGUGUUCAAGAGGCCGAAUCAAUGGAGAACACACCGACAGCACAGUUGAUGAUGCAGCAAGACCAACUCUUAGAUGACAUGGUUACUGAUACCGUUACAGAAACAGAAGAAGCAACUGAGGGUGAAGGAACAAUCACAGACCAAACAGAGCUCGAACAAGACGAAAAGAAAGCUCUGGCAGGACUUGCUGAACUUGUCAGCUCACCGGCAGUGUCAUCUCUGGUUAAGCCAGCGGAGAACAAAGGGCCCGUGCUUCCAGGACUGAAUGAGAGAGGGAUGAAAAUAGUGCAAGAGUAUACCAACGGUGAGCUAAGGGAGCCCGAUAUAAUCAGCAAACGAGAAGUGCAGGGAGGAGCCAUCGCGACCAUGGAUCGCAGGAGCCCUGCUUUGGCCAUUCUUGCUCUCAUAUUCGCAAUGACUAUCGGAGUAACAAUCAUCGUGCGCAUAUAUUCUCCUACCCGAGCAACAAAACUCCAGAUGGAUCUGUAGGAAACUUCCAAGGGUGCAAUGAAGUUCUAUCGGCAAUCAAUACAAAAUGCUGAGGCUUUCAUGGCCUCAGGCGCAAACAUAUGAACGGCAAAAUGAGAGCUGGAACUUAGAAGAUGGAAGAAAUGAGAUGUGGAAGAAUUCAGAUGGACAUUGUGCAGAGCGAACUGUCUAUACUGAAAUAGUUCAGGAAUCUAGCGAGAAGCGUAACCAAGGAGGUCAGAACAAUCGGCAAUCAAUCAAAAUGCUGAGGCUUUCAUGGCCUCCAUGAGUGCUUGUUUUCUUAGUAAUUAUUUUGUAGGGUACAUUAGUGCUAAAAACAUUUGUCACGGUGCCCCAGACGCACUAUGUUCGAGUUGUGCUUCGUUUUAUUUGAUCUCUCCUCCAUCUCGUCAGUCUUUGGUUCAUUACAUCUGUACUCCUAAUAAUAAUGCUGUCCAGAAAGCGUUAUUUUCAGUUUUUCACUAGGCA